AUGUCGGCGCCAUCGCCAGUUGCAAAAGCGCAGAAACGCCCAUCUACAGUGGUUGUACAACGUCUCCAGCGCGUCGCUGUUGGCCUGGGUCUGCUGUACACGGGUGCUGUCCUGCUCGUGCUAACGCCGCUCAUCCAAACUCUGGUUCUGUACGCUACACAUAUCGAUGUGAUUGGUUAUUCCAAGUUUGAACAUCCAGAGCAUUACGGUCUUGCGCCUGGCAAGACCAUAAAUAUGGCAUUGGGCUCGUCAGAUAAUGUCACACUGGGCGCCUGGUUCGUGUUUUCGGACCCCUUCUAUCGGAAACUACCACACCCCCACCUGCAAACCUACCUGCACACCCGGGCACCCGCGCCACCUACAACCUACCAGUCCAUCCAGCAGGCAUCUAAGGACUUCAUCCCCGAGGCACUGAAGCACAACCCGACCGUGCUCUUUUUGCACGGGAACUCGGGAACACGCGCCCACCAUCUUCGCACUGACAUCUACUCCGGUCUGACCGCCAGGUUGGGCGUGAACGUCUUCGCAAUCGACUAUCGUGGUUUUGGAGACAGUACAGGAGAGCCAUCCGUGCAAGGUGUCGGUCGGGAUGCACGGGCAGGUUUCGACUACCUAGUUCAGAAUGGAGCCAACCCGGAGAACAUUCUUAUCAUUGGCCACAGCCUAGGGACCGCCAUUGCCGGACUUCUGGCGGCAGAGCUUGGGCGUGAAGGUGUCAGGUUUAGAGGAGUUGUCCUCAUGUCUCCAUUCUCCUCCGUCAGAACCCUCAUGGACCAGUAUCACCUGUUUGGCUUCCUCCCUCUACUCAAGCCCCUCUCAAGGAUUCCCUUCAUGCCGCGUGUGAUCACUUGGAGCGUGAAGCACAAUUUUGAUACCCUUACCCUCGUCCCUGAUAUCCAGUCUCCAGCUUUGAUAGCUCAUGCCGGCAAAGAACGACUGGGAUAUACCCCAUUCCCAUGCAUCCGUCCUCUUCGACGCCUUCAUAGAAAGUCAUUAUCAUAA